AUGAUUUAGAGGGAUUUUAUCUAAAUAAUGUGAAACCCGGACUUUUAUACAUACUAUGAAUAUUUUCCAUCCUCAAGUUCUACGCAUACUUCGUCAAACUUGCUGAAUACUAUAAUAGAAGUCUCAGGCACUUCUCCCAGUCGUAAAAUUCAACAUCCAUAAUUCAUGCCAUUAUGGCACCAGAUAAAGACUUACAGGCGCAGCUUUCGUCUCUCGAGAGAAAGUAUGUUCAGCUACUCGAGCGGCGUGUUGCUGAACUAGAAGGCCGGAGUGUUUCCUCUGUAUCUCCUGAUCUAAAGUCCCAAAUAAAGGCAUCUACCGACGACACAGAAACAGAAAAGAAUGCAAAUGAUAAGAAAUCACCUACGAAGGCUCCCGAGGAUGAUGAUUCCAAGGAAUCAGCCGAAGGAGACGGCGACGAAAAGACGCGAUACCGAGUUGUUCUUAACCAGCUCAAUCCCGAGACCGGAGAGUACGAAGACAAACCUAGUAUAAUCACGCCGAAGAGCCAGACCGAUAACUCGGAGAAGACCCGUGCAUUUACAUUUCGGAAAUUCCUGAAAGACCAGACGGUUAGGGGCGAUACCGUUAUGAAGGCGAAGGGAUCUGAGAUCGACAUCGACUUCCAGCCACUACAGUCUCUCGUGGGGGAGAUAACUUUCAAGUUUUGGGGAAGUAAGAAAGUCACAACCAUGGGGUCUCCCUACUCUGCCCUGAUCCACUGUUGGACAAAAGCAGAGGAGGAAGCAGAGAAAUAUGCGAAUGACAGUGACCCUACAAAGAAGCAGACUGGAGAAGAUCUGAAAGAGAUUCUCAGACUGCUCUCAAGCGGAUCUGGUGAUGAAACCUUGGAUCGGUAUUUCAAAUCAAGAGAUAAGCUCAAGGAGGGCGAGAUGAUAACAUUUGAUUGUCUAUGGGUGCUCUUCCCAAAGGGAACUGAGAUACUUGCCAAGCCCUUCCUCAACGAACACCAAAUAUUCUUCAUCCAAUCUGUUACUAUGCCUGACCUCGAUGAUGCCGAGCCGGUAUUUUCCGUGGUCGCGUACAGCUACGACUGGGAUGGCUCGCGCUUCAAUAGGGUGCCAUAUUCAAUGGAGAUCCCUUACUUCCAGGACAUGAAGAAGAUCAGUGAGCUCACAUUUUAUCCUCUGAAAUAUCAUGUCGACACUGAGCCCAAUGGUCGGAAUGGUACGAAAAGCCUGAGAGAAAGGCUAAUCGCAAGAGGGAAGCGAUACUUCGAGUAUUGCACGGCGACCCAGGGCAAGCAGACAUUCCAGUACGACGGUUAUGCGUACUACCACCGGAACAGUGGUCUUUUCCGCUCAUCUGACAAAGUCGACGAUGAAUCAGACUCGUUCACGACUGAUAUUUAUUCGAGUAAAGAGUCAGCGAACGGAAACUCGCCUUCUAAGUCACACAUCAAAGGUGUCGUUGUGGUUGAUUUUAAAUCGUACUUCCAAUACCAGUCUCCCUCUGCAGCCACGUUAGGUGACCUCUCUCGAGGGGUACAGCUCGAAUGUUCAUGCAGCGAGUGCAAGAAGAAGUACGAAGAAAUUUAUCGAUAUUCUUGGGAUAAACGCGAACCUAAGAAAGAACUUUUCAAGGACGAGCACUACAUGCUUUUCCCUCCUAGGGUGCUUGGAUAUUCAUUAGACCAGAAGCAAUGGGUGCAAGUGCAGGUCAACAGUCUCCGAUCUCCUGGAAAAGCUAAUCAGGUGAACUUCCAUGAGAAGCUCCAGCUCAAACAGGAAUAUAAGGACAUCAUAUCUAAAUCGGUCAUCGCCCACGGCGAAAACAAUAUCAUGGAUCACAUCCCCGGCAAGGGGAAGGGCCUGGUCAUUUUACUGUGGGGCGUUCCUGGAGUUGGCAAGACGCUCACGGCUGAGAGUGUAGCCUCAUUGGCCGGGAAACCUUUGUUCAGCGUGGGAGUGUCGGACAUUGGCCUGGAGGGCAGUAAAGUCGAAACUAAUCUCCAAAAGGUCUUUGACCUGGCUGGAUUAUGGAAGGCUGUACUUCUCUUCGACGAAGCCGAUGUGUUCCUAGAAGCUCGAGAUACCCACCGCGCUGACAUCCAACGCAAUACCAUCGUUUCGGUUCUCCUUAGAUCCCUCGAGUACUAUGACGGGAUCUUGAUCCUGACGACUAAUCGCCUAAAGUCGUUUGACUUGGCCGUCCAAAGUCGCAUCCAUAUCGCUGUCGAGUAUAACGACCUUAACCAGGAUCAGAAACAACAAAUAUUCAUGGAGUUCCUAAAUCAGCUCAAAGUCAAGGAUUUGAUCGAUCCAACUAAGUGGGACAGCAUCCAGACUUGGGUUGAGGAAGAAGGUCGCAGUAAGGCGUUUAACGGUAGACAGAUUCGCAACAUUGUGUCUACAGCCAUGGGCCUUGCGCACGCGGAUGGGAGAAAAUUGGAAAGAAAAUACCUCUCCUUGGUUGCUAUGAACACGUCGGCGUUCAAAGACGCGCUGGCGGCGCAGGAAGCGGUGUACAGGAACAACCAGAUCAGAACCUACAACAAUUAGAUAUUUCCGAGUCAUAGUGAAGAAGUCAUCUGCGCAGCAGCCCAUUCACCUGAAAGCCCCUCCAUUUCAGGAUCGGCUACCCCUGAAGGUGGAGAAACAGGGAUUUUUAGGCAGAUGGAUUUAGCGCUGAAAAGGCCGAUUUAAGGAGAUUAGACAUUUCCCUUUAGGGCAUAUCAGCCCCUGUUAAGUCCGAGGCUUUGCUUAUUUGCGGGAUGGCGCACUGAAAGGCAGUUAUCUGAUCCUUAUAUAUUCUCGCGAUUAAGUAUUCUAUUCCGGACGCGAAGAUGGGAUUCUCCCCCAUGAUUCAAGUUAUCAGAUCCAAGAUCUGUCCAAUACUACCUAGGUGUGUAAGCAUCCAGGUUAAAAUGAGGUG